CGCUAGCGUUCCCGAGCUCGUGCCCAUGCUGCUCGAUCCACCCGGUUUCACGGGACCACCCACGUCUAGCCGGCGAAGACGCAACCGAUCAACCGAGCCUCGUUCGUCUUCUUCGAGCUCGUGCCCCGUCGUCCGAGAGGAGAGAUCGAUUAGCCGCAGCUCGUCCCGCGUCCGCUCUCGCCCGCCCGAAACCGGGAACGCCACUGCCUUUAACGUUUCUUUCGAUUCUGUUUCUCUCAGCGUGGCGAGAAACGUCGCGAACGCCACCGGGACCGACGAACGGCGACGCUCGGGAUCUCGACGCCUCCGGAACACCAGAGAUCACCGAUGGUCCGUUAAUCGCCGAGAGGGCGGCGACACCGAGGACAGCGACGUCCGUUUUUCGUCAACGUCGCGACGAUCGGGGUCACGGUCCUCUCGCCGCGGCAGCAGCGGCGGCAGCUGCAAGACGCCGACGACACGGCUCGUUGACAGAAGGGAAAAGGAUCGAGGCGAAGCAACAUCAGGAACAGCCGGCGAGGAAGAUGAGGAGGAAGAGGAAGAAGAAGAAGAUGAGGAUAGAGAAUCGUCAAAAAGCACCGUCGCGGACGUCACGAGCGUUCCUUCCGUCGACGCGUCGUUCGCUUACACUGCCUACAACAACGCCAAGAACGAAGCCGGAAGCGGUCGCGACGUCCAGGCGCCAUGCCGCGAGAUCGAGCUUGCUCGCGAUCAGGAUAGCGAUCGGGAUCGCGACCAGGAGGAGGAGGAGGACUUUCGGGAACGAUCGAAGAACGGUCGGGCGGUUCGCGACGCGAAACGGGGAGAGAGCAGUGAUAAGGUGGUGUGGCUCGAUCGCGAGAACGAACGUUUCCCGCGGGGUCCUAGGGCCCAUUUCCGUCGAGGCUCGUGCGUUCAGCCGGAGAACGGGUGCUGCGGGACUACAGACUACACUGCCCGGUUCCAGGAGCCGACUACCAAUGAGAGGCGUCCCAAGGACGAGGAGCUCGCGACCAGCGGACCAACCAAGGUGUCCGGCUCCCGUGGCAGGAGCUACGGGCUGCUGUUCGUCUUGUAUCUGCUCGCCUGGCCGCUGGCGUGUUCGACCAAUCCCUCCGGCCAGUUCGCCUCGAGAUUCGCCCGGAACCCAUCCCUCGGUCCCGCCGACGAGAUGCCCCGGCACAACGUCACGCAGAUCUCGUCUCUGUUGUCGUCGUCGAGCGUCGUCUACCAGCCGACGCGGCAGCAGCACCUUGAGAGGGAACGAUACGUCCAGGACGCGGUGUACAGCGAGAACGAGAAGAAGAAGAGCAGCGGCGAGACCGUUGGGUCCGUCGUGGGGUCCGUCGUUGGACAUCGUCGGCACGGUCGCCGCGAGAUCCAGGUUCAGCAGACUCGCAGCAGCAGCAGCAGCAGCAGCAACAGCAACAGCGGUGGCAACAGCGGUAGCAGCAGCAGCGGCAGCAGUAGCAACGAUCAACAACGAGAGGCGACCGAAAUCGAGGACUCGUAUCAGAGCCACCAGCCGGACCCAAAGCUGCAUCCUUACAACGAAUACAGCUGGGAGGUGAACCAGAUCAAUCCUUGGCUAUCGGCCUGCGACCUGGCAGGUCCAGCGCCGGCCGAUCUUCAGGGUAGCUGCGGUCCACCGGAAGUACCCAAGAACUGCCCGGUCCCCUGCUCGUCGAACGGCACGAAUGGUAGGGCGAAGGUGAACGGCGUCGACGCCGUGUUCCACCAGGUGAUCGAGAAGGUCGAGGUCGCCGAGAGACAGUCCUGGUCCGCUGCCGGAGGACCCGGUGCUAGUAGUGGUGGUGGUGGUGGUGCUGGUGGUGCUGGUGGUGCUGGUGGGAACGUCCAAGGGAGGAACGAGGGUGGAACCGACGGUCAAGAGAGACCCGAGGGCGUACGGAACACGGCUCCGGAACAGUGCCUUUUUUAUCUCGAGGAGUCGCAUAAGAAGGACGUCUGUCGGGAUGAUUUUGGCCGGAGCAGUACGCGAAGUUUUUCAACCCCGAGGGAGAAUCGAUAUUGGUUCGUGAGCGGGUUGCGUCUGCGGCACUGCUGCGAGCACGCGGUGGUCAACGCCCUGGCACCCGGCAAGGGCGGCCCGUUCGAAAACGUGCUAAACGGUGGCUCAAAGUGUGCCGAUGCCCUGGACAAGCUGUUGCUCGUCGACAAGCUAGCCGCGAGGCUACAUUGUGAAUUCGAGGAAGUGCUGGCGCGGUACGACUGCGCCCAGCCCUAUUCGGUCAUCUUCAACUGCACCCAUUGCAAGGAGGCGUAUAGAAAAUGGGUGUGCAGCUCCCUGGUGCCUUACUUUGCUCAUGGGGGACCGCAGGACUCGGACACCUUGGGAACGAGCAGGACCGGAAGCAGACUCAGGCCCUGCAGGUCCUUCUGCCAAUCUGUGGAGCAACGUUGUCCUUACUUGCUUCCCGGUGAUCGUGCCCCCGCGUACCCCACGCAAUACGCCGGCGAACCCACCUUUCUUUGCAGAGAUCCGAACAUCGAGGAGACCGGCGAGCAAGCGGCGCGAGCGUUGCACAACAGCGGAGAGGACGAGUGCUGUUUCCGCGUGUGCUCCGAGGAGAAGCCAGGAUCAGGAAUCUGCGCGAACUGCACGAACCGGGAGCCACGGAAACGCGGCCGAGUCCACGAUCCUCCGACGGCGCCCUACUGCGAGAUUAAUCCUAUUCAGCCGGCCUCCACGGGUGAGAACCAGCCGGUUUCGACGGAGAGCAGCGUGGACGGUGUGGAAGAGGAGUCCUCGUCACCGCGUUCCGUGAUGCAGCAGCCGCCGCAACCGCAGCCUGGCACCUCUUUGUGCGGGAGCGGCGGCGUGGGUUCGAUCCCGAGCGUCUCGUCGUCCGAUCGUCCGUCAGCAUCGAUGAUGCCGCAAGCGGUGUGGCUGUGCUCGUUGGCCAGCAUGCUGUUCAGCCUGUCAACGUGCAGCUUGCUGUGGGUCCCGAGGGCCGUGCUCCAGGUGUUCAAGCCACUGUUCACGGUUCACAGCGGCGGUGCCGGCCGGAGUCCUCUGGGUGGCAGCGGCGAAAAAACGAGUCGGCUGGGUGCAGACCUUGUCGCUUGGCUGCACGGUAGCUCCGCCGGCAGAGUAAGUUGCGUCAGCGCGCGUCAUGGUGCGAAGUGGAUGCUCGAAAAGUGGGUGAUGGUCGAACGCCGGUGCCGGGGCGGUUGGUGGUUCGGCUGGUGGAGGUGGUGGAGGUGGCGAAGGUGGCGGAGGUGGAGGAGGGCAACGAAGGGCGAGGACCGCCCGAGGGUGUCCGGAGGGUGUGCAUCGCGUCCCGGUGGGCCCGGUGAACCUGGCCGACCCGGCGACGCUUCCGCCAGGUUGCACAGCCAUCGAGGUGUCCGCCAGCCGAGGAUCUUGGUGCGCGGGUGCUCCUCGCCACGGGUCCGCCUCUGGACGAGGGACUUUGGCCGAUUCGCGGCUCAGUGUCGGUGCCGAUGGUGGUGGUGGUGGUGGCGGUGGCGGUGGUGGUGGUUGUACCGAUGGUGGAAGUCAAGGUGGAAGCCAAGGUGGAAGUCAAGGUGGAAGCCAAGCUGCAGAGGCGAGAAGCGUCCUCCAGCCGGCCGGAACAGAGGAUCGAAGAGGAUUGGGAGCCAGGACCGUUCGGUGGAUGGUUUCCGGCAGACUCCGACGGUUAGGCGACCUCCAGGAUACCGGCUUCCCUCCAGGAAGGACCCGCCAUAGGGUCGGCACAGGAGGAACGCGGACGCGUGACACGCAGGUAUUUUCUAUCGACAAACCGAAGCUCCCCGCGCGCUGCGUGGACUUCGGGUAUACCUUCCAGGAUCAGACGCGACCCUCGAGAAAAAGGGUCUCGAGAAAAGGGUCUCUCGAGAAAGGGUCGCGCGACGGACACACAUUCACACACCGGAGCCGGUCGAACAGCGCGAACAUGGUCCAAGCGGAACGACGACGGACGACCGUUUCGGAACGAAGACGAAGACAAACGACGACUGUUUUCCCUGAACGGAAGAGAAAGAUAAAGAGUGAGAGAGAGAGAGAGAGAGCGAGAGAGAGGGAGAGAGAGAGAGUGAGAGCGUGAGAGAGUGAGAGAGAGAGAGAGAGAGAGCACGAUGGGAGUUAUUUGAUUUUCUUGUUUCUUUUGGUUUUUUGGUAAUCCGGAGAAAUUUGUUGGAUGCGCGUCGACGACGGCUCGGCUCCGUAGACGCCGAGGAGAACGGAAAAGAAAGAGAGAGGAAGAGAGAGAGAGAGAGAGAGAGAAAGAGAGAGAGGUUGAGAGGGAAAGAGCGAGGAGAACCGUAACGUCUGUAGCGAAUAAUAAUGGAUAACAAUAAUACAAUAAUAAUUAAUAAAUUAUAAAUAUUAACGAUGAUAAAAACGAUGAUGAACGAUGAUAAUGAUACUGAUGAUGAUGACGGUGAUGAGAAUGAUAAUGAUGAGGCGGGCGCAAGGGGCGGGUUCAGGAACGAAGACGCGCGACAGGAGGACGUCGCGAGGAGGUCGAUGACGAGAAUAUACGGAUUAGGAACGGGCGGUAAAUAAUGAAUAAAUAAUAAUAGUUAACGAAUAAUAAAUAAUGAUUAAUGAAAUAAAUAAUAACGAUUAAAUAAUGAAGUAACGAUGAUGAUAAACGAUAAAGUAACAUUAACGUAACACAAAAAAAAAACGAUAGAAUGACUACGAUACAACUUACUUAUUCUAUACAUUCGGCGCGUGUGGCAUACGCGCGCACAGGACACGUAUUAUAUAUGAGGCACACGUACACACACACACACACACACACACACACACACACACACACACACACACACACACACACACACA